CAAAUUCGAACUUCGACGGUUAUUUUAAGGGAAGGGCAAAUCUACCGUUUGAGAGUGGGUGGGAAUCAAGUCUUACCGUCCACCUAGCUAAACUUAACUUUCAGUCGUAACAUUAGAUUAUUAUUAGUCAUUAUAGUUGUAUCGCGUUUAUAACAACAUGAGGGAAAUCGUACACUUACAAGCAGGCCAAUGUGGCAAUCAGAUCGGUGCAAAGUUUUGGGAAGUAAUCAGUGACGAGCAUGGCAUCGACCCAACUGGAACUUACCAUGGUGACAGUGACCUUCAGUUGGAGAGAAUCAAUGUAUAUUAUAAUGAAGCCACAGGUGGAAAGUAUGUUCCUCGUGCAAUCUUGGUGGACCUUGAGCCAGGCACCAUGGACUCUGUGCGCUCAGGGCCAUUUGGACAAAUCUUUCGCCCAGACAACUUUGUAUUUGGACAGAGUGGUGCUGGCAAUAACUGGGCGAAGGGCCACUACACAGAGGGCGCAGAGCUGGUGGACUCCGUGCUGGAUGUGGUGAGGAAGGAGGCCGAGAGCUGUGACUGUCUGCAGGGUUUCCAGCUCACCCACUCCCUGGGCGGUGGCACUGGAUCUGGCAUGGGCACCCUGCUCAUCAGCAAAAUCCGUGAGGAGUACCCCGACCGCAUCAUGAACACCUUCAGCGUGGUGCCCUCACCCAAGGUGUCUGACACAGUGGUGGAGCCCUACAACGCCACGCUCUCUGUCCAUCAGCUGGUGGAGAACACUGACGAGACCUACUGCAUCGACAACGAGGCCCUUUAUGACAUUUGCUUCCGCACCCUCAAGCUGACCACGCCCACUUAUGGUGACCUCAACCACCUGGUCUCCGCGACGAUGAGCGGCGUCACCACCUGCCUGCGCUUCCCCGGUCAGCUGAAUGCCGACCUCCGCAAACUGGCUGUCAACAUGGUGCCUUUCCCGCGCCUGCACUUCUUCAUGCCCGGCUUCGCCCCCCUCACCAGCAGAGGCAGCCAGCAGUACAGGGCCCUCACCGUGCCCGAGCUCACCCAGCAGAUGUUCGACGCCAAGAACAUGAUGGCCGCCUGCGACCCACGCCACGGGCGCUACCUCACAGUGGCCGCCAUUUUCCGCGGACGCAUGUCCAUGAAGGAGGUGGACGAGCAGAUGCUCAAUGUUCAGAACAAGAACAGCAGCUACUUUGUGGAAUGGAUCCCCAACAACGUGAAGACCGCCGUCUGCGACAUCCCACCCAGAGGGCUCAAGAUGGCCGCCACCUUCAUCGGCAACAGCACCGCCAUCCAGGAGCUCUUCAAGCGCAUCUCCGAGCAGUUCACCGCCAUGUUCCGGCGCAAGGCCUUCCUGCACUGGUACACGGGCGAGGGCAUGGACGAGAUGGAGUUCACCGAGGCCGAGAGCAACAUGAACGACCUGGUGUCCGAGUACCAGCAGUACCAGGACGCCACCGCCGAGGAGGGCGAGGGCGAGUUUGAGGAGGAAGGAGAGGAGGACAUGGCCUAAACAUUAGUUAGCCACUAUUAUCACAGCCCUUCCACAUGUACUUUCCUCUAUCAAACCUCUUGAUCUGCUUUUAACUUCACAAUAAAUGCUACCAAAUUGUUUUUGAAAA